AUGUACAGCGCCAACGGCUCACGAGCCGUACAAGCUUGUAUAACAUGCAGGAAACAAAAGCGAAGGUGUGACAAGAUCUUGCCGGCGUGCUCCAGGUGCGCCUCAUUGCAUCGAGCAUGCGACUACUCAGACCCAGCGUCUCCGGGCGCGACACCCUCGGCGGAGGCCUUUGCGAGUCUUCAGUUGAAGCUGGCAGAGAUCGAGGCGAGGCUGGACUCAGCCAGAGCCAUGCCUCAACAUAACCAGAUCAACGGCACACCAGGCUCCAGCACAUAUGUUGGGAGGUCCGAGUCCAGCCCGGACAGCGCAGGACUAGGGGCUGCCAGAUCGAGGGGUGAUUUGUGGGUGGACGGCCAAGCAGCUUUCGGGAGGACCAAGUUCCCUGCUGUCAUGUUUCUGGACAGCGAUAUCUACAAGUAUUGCGGAAUCUCAGUGCCUAAUCCGAACACUGAUAUACCGAUGGAAGUCCUUGAGAUCCUGGCCUCCAGCAACGUCGUAGAGGAGACCGCCACAUCAUACUUCAAUACCAUCCACCGCUGGUUUCCGUUCAUCUCCAAGAAACGCAUGAAUCUAGGCAUCUCGCUUUCUGACGGCGGGCCCGAUCUAGCCCUCCUAUUCCUCGCCAUGAGGCUCGUCACAACCGCGCCGACACCCGAGAUGCGUUCUGCAGCAGACUCGCAUCUGUACACUGCGUGCAAACGUUUUCUGGCACAACUUGAAUCCGCAGGCACCCUCUCCAUUCUAUACCUGCAAGCUCUGAUAUUAGUCGCCCUCUACGAGUUCGGGCACUCAGUCUACCCAGCGGCGUGGAUGACCUCGGGCAGCUGCGUGCGCUACGCAGCGAUGCUAGGCCUGCCGUCAUAUCAGGAGUCGUGCACGAUCCUGGGCCAGUGCUCGACCUGGACCGAGGCAGAGGAGCGCCGCAGGGUGUGGUGGGCGACGCACAUCCUCGACAGGGCCAUCUCGCUCGGCUCCAAGAAGCGCUUCGCCGGCGGCCCGGACGAGCCGAUGGAAUACGAGAUGCUGCCCGUCGACGACCACGCCUGGGACACGGGCGACAUGGCCUUCUCCCUGCAGAGGCCCACCAGCACGCCGCUGGAGGACCCGGCGGCCGGCCCCUUUGCGCGCCUGGCGCAGGCGUCGAUGCUCACCUCCAGGGCCAUGGCGCACUGCAAGGGGGCGACGAAGCGGUAUGUCCGCCGCGGGGCCAAGGACUCGUGGCAUUGCCCGGGUGAGAAGGAUCAGGAUAAGGAUGUGUUUAGCAUCAGGGAGGUCAGAGAGAUAAUCCGUGACCUACACACAAUCAGCCGCGCCAUCGAGAAAGACAUAUCAAAUGCUGGUGGGGUUGGUAGUGAGACGUACUUCGCGGUGAGCCCCUCGCGGUGCCUCGUGUGGAGCACGAUAAUCAUGGUCCUGGACCUAUACAGCUGUCCCGAGCAUAUGCGCCCAGGCGCAGGGGUCGGCAGCGAGGACGGCCGCACCGAAGAGGAGCUGGCGAUGCAGGUCGAGGCGAUCAACGGCCUCACGGCGAUGAGCAAAAAGAUCCAGGACUUCUCGAGCGAGCUGAUGAGUUUGUCCCACAGCCCCGCGACAUCCCCAGACGUGAGCAUGACCGAUGCGGGCGCCGGUGAGCCAGAUGUUGUUGAUCGGAUGAGCCCGCUUUGCUUUGACGCCGUCUACUGUGCGCUGGCGACCUUUCACUGGCACUGGAAGGAGAACGGCCAACCGGAUAUGAAGCGCGGGAUGGAGCAGACGAGGGCCGCGUUGGUGAGGAUGGCUCCGAGGUGGAGGCUGGCGGGCGAGUAUCUGGACAUAGAGAGGCAUCAUGAUGUGAUGGGUAUCAUUACUGACAAGGCAGAAUGUCCACCAGUCCUGUGGGGUUAA